AUGCUGCAGCGGAGGCCAGAGCCAGGACCCAAGAGCUGGCGGGGCCGCCGGACUAAGGCCGCGGAGACAGACAGCCCCGCUGUGCAGGAAGGGGAUGCGCACGGCGUGCACCAGCUGGCCACACUCCUGAUGGAACUGGACACGGAGGAUGAGGCUUCUCACCUCCUGGCAGCUGACGCUCUAUACCGCCUGGGCCGCCUGGACGACACCCACAAGGCCCUGCUGGCAGCCCUCUCCCGGAGGCCUCAGGCGGCCCCUGUGCUGACGCGGCUGGCCCUGCUGCAGCUCCGGAGGGGAUUCUCCUACGAUGCCAACCAGCUGGUGAAGAAGGUGGUCCAGUCCGGGGACACAGCCUGCCUCCAGUCCACCCUGGCCGUCUUCUGUCACGAGGACCGGCACCUGCUCUGGGUCCACUGCCAUGCAAGGGCUCUGGCCAUCCUGCGGGCACGACCAGGAGGGGCCAAGGGCGAGGCCCACACCAGGGAGGCCAUCGCCUACCUCUCUCUGGCCAUCUUUGCCUCGGGAAAUCGGGCCACUGAGUCCCUGCUCGUCCGAGCCCACUGUUACAGCUUCCUGGGUCAGAAGAAGACAGCCAUGUUUGACUUCACCUCCGUGCUGAGGGCUGAGCCGGGGAACGCACAGGCACUGUGCGGCCGGGCACUCCUGCACCUGGCCUUGGAUGAGCAGAAGGAGGCUGUGGACGACAUCCUCUCCGCUCUGAGGCUCAGCCCGAGAACCGCAGUUCUUGAGAUCUGCUCUCUGAAGCCGGAGGCCCAGGCCCUCAUCACCCAGAGCCUCUCCUCCCACUGCCGGGCCCUCCUGAGUCAGCUGCCGGACACAGGCGCCUGCCUCGGUGACAAGGAUGCCCAGAACCUCCUGGCUGCAGGGAAGGCACUGAUUGAAAUUGAUGCCAGGCAGCCCCUCUGGCACAUGCUCCUGGCAGAUGCGCUCACUGCAAUGGGCAGCUUUGAGGAGGCCGGUGCCCAUCUGCAAAAAGUCCUGCACCCCACCCCUCCAUCAGAGGCAGCCCGCGCACGGCGUGGGCUGCUCCGGCUCAAGCAGGGGGAUGUGGUGGCCGCUGUACACGACCUGCAGUGCCUUGCAGAGACCGAUGCCCAGGACCUCGGCUUCCUACUAUGUCUCCUGGAGGCUUCGGAGCGGCAGAGCCUCACCCAGGCUGCAGCCCAGGAAGCUGACACCCUCCUGAACUUGGGACAGCCCCGCCAGGCGCUGGGCUACUGCUCGCUGGCUGUCCUGGCGGGCGGCAGCAGCACCUGUCACCUACGCCGUCGGGCCACCUGCCUGGCCGAGCUACGGGAGUUUAGCCGGGCACUUGGAGACCUAGACCACGUGUUCCAAGAGGGCUCAAGGGACAGCAACCUCCAGACACAGGUGGAGGACUUCUGCUCCCGGGGCCGCCUGCUUCUGGGUCUGGGGGAUGAGGCUGGGGCUGCGGGGGCCUUCGCCCAGGCCCUCCACCUGGCACCCACCCAGGCCCAGAGCAGCCUGUGGGAGCAGCCAGGCCGGGCUCCAGCCACCCACAUACUCUUGUGCCAGGCGCGGUGUUGCCUGGUUGAGCAACGCUACAGCGAGGCCUGGACGGUGGCCGAGGCUGGCCUCCUGUUGGACCCAGAGCACAGCAGCCUGAAGAGGCUGAAGGCGAGAAUCCGGAGGGAGGCAUCCUCUGGCUGCCGGCUCCACUGACCAGCACUCCCCGGGCCCAGCUGUGGGGCCACCCUGUCAUCGUCAUUCUUCGUCCAGUCCCUGGGGAGGUUGCUCAAGGAGGUGCUCCCCCCACCCUCUCCCUCUUCCUAGACUUGGGUGGGUUGGCAGAUGGCCAGCCUUGGGCAGCAGAGGAGAAAGCUCCCCACCUGCCUGGAGCAACCAUCCUAGGAAGCUCAGAGCCUCUUCCCUUAACAGCUACCUGGUCCUCAAAGCUGGGGCCCUCUUGGCCCACACGUAGGGCUUGGGCCUUAGAGAGAAGUCCUGUUCCUUGUCCCUCGCUUGGGACCUGCAGGUUGAGUGGGGUUCAGGCUGGCCCCUCAUAGCCCUGGGGAGAUAGUGACAGCCCAGGAAACCCUUCUCCAGAUGUGGAGCAGCCCUUGACCCUGGCCUGACCUCUGGCCAGACAUCCUGCAGGGCCUGGAGCCCCUCAAGGGCAAAAACUCUCAAGCUGGGCCCAAAACCUAUGCUUUCAUCAAGGUUGUUCUCUAGGGAAGCCAGCACCUUGGGAAGAUGAUAUGGCCUCCCUCCCCUGCCAAGCAGAGACACCUACCCCAAGGGGCCCACAGUGAGCAGAGCAGCCAGGCAUCUACUUGGCAUCCGAUCUCCUGUUGGAUGUAAAGGUGCUUCCUACGUGAUUAGACUUACCCACCCCCACCACAGUUGCCUUGGAAAACCUUCUCUCCUUGGGGGAGUGGAGAAGUCCAGCCAUGGUCCCAUUGCUGUUGGUUUCAAAGAAGCCAGGUCUGAGUUGUGCAGUUUUUCUCUCCUGUUUAUGAACACAACUGCUGGACAGGCCAUUGAGUAAAGCAAGGGACAGAGGGUGCAUUUGCUCUCCUUCCCGCAAGACGUCCUGCCCUCAUCUGUCCACUCAAGGCCACUCAAGUGAGCUCGCAGAUGCCUGACUCACCACAGCUUCCCAGGAGCUGAUGGUCUUCGAAGAGCCCCCAACCAGUCUCCCACCCCCAGCUCCUCACUGCUGAGCUGGCAGAGACCCCCACCCCGAGUCCUCCCCAUCCACUUCCAUGUGGGCCAGGGGUCGUUACCACAUCUGCAGGUCCAUGUGAGGCCAUAUCCCAGCCUCCCACCAUGGCGCCCAAGUGGACAAGAACUCAUAGGCCCUGGAUGGCCUCCAUCAUAGCAGAAUGAUCUGGUGGUUUCUAUAUGAAUCAUAUUGUCCCCCUGAGAACACAGGCUGCACCUUGUUUUCUCAAAAUCCAAGGUUACCAAGAAAAUGUUUAUGAUGUGGCACAGAGAGCAUUACCUACUCUCAAGACAAUAAAGCUGUAAAUUGAUGCUUUAAAAUUCCCUGCAGGUGAAACACCUCUUGGAUCCAAAAACAAAACUGGAAUUUCAGAAUAUUGGAAAAAUAGUUAAAAAAAAAAAAAAAGUCCAGGGGAACCCCUAUGUGUUGCAGUGCCCAGAGAAAAGUUCACGCCCUGAGUGCAUCACUAGCCAAUCAAAAUGAAGUGCAUCCUAAACUUGAGAAGUUUAAAAAGGACAGUGAAAUAAAGGAAAUUAACAGGCAGGGAUGAAUAACAGGAAGCAGAAGUUAAUGAAUUAGGAAUAGAAAAGGGAAAGAACUCAAAAACCCAAAAUACAGUUCUUCAAAAAUCAAACAGAUGAACCAGUAGCUGACUUAAUCUGGAAAGACAGGAAAGGCACAAAGCCACAAAAUUUUUAGAAGUAAAAACAACACACGGGAAAUUUAAAGAAUCAUAAGACAUCACUUUUCUCAACUCUAUGCAAAUAAGUUUGAAGCCCUGGAUAAAAUGUGUUGGUUCCUAGGAAAAUAUUAUUUAACUGAACUGACUCCAUUGCACAGGACAGUUAUCAUGGAGGGAAAGAGAAGGUGGUUAGGGAGCUUCCCCCAAAACAGCUCCAGUUCCAGAUGGUGUCGGGGAGAUCUGCCAGCCUUUAAAGAACAGUCAGCUCGUAAUUGCUUUAAACUCCUUCACAGCCAAGAAAAAGAAGAAAAGCUUCCAAGUUAUUUUUUUCUGUUGAAGGA